GAUGAUCUUUAAAUUAUAACCAUCGCAAUGAAACUGUUAUGCGCAAUUUAAUACUUUUGUAUUUAAUAUAUAUCGCAUCAUACUGUGGAAAUGGAUUAUCAUUGCGUUCUGUCGCUUUUCAUGGCAAGAAUGCAUAUGUGUCUAACGCCCCGCCGUGUUUUUGCAAUAAGGUCUUUGGUCCUAUCUUUGCAAAAUAUCCUGAUUACCUAGAAGACCCUCUAGAAUAUGCAAGUGCAGUAGAAUAUUCAACCGGGAAGUAUCCACCUUACCCUUAUUACGAUGCGCCUCGUAAUCUCUUCUUCAAUCGUGGCACAAAUGAUGUCGUAGAAGAAGAUGAUUUUGAAAUACGACGUGCAUUUCUAGUUAAUUCGUUGUUAAGGAGGCGUGGAGAUAGUGCCAUUCCUCUUGACUCAUCCCCAAUAUCGAGAGUCAAACGUUCAGUUUCUGGCAACUAUCAAGAUUAUUUAUAUAUACCUGGAAAUAAGCAUCUACGUGAUUUGAUGCGAACUGAUUUGGCAGAAUAUGAUCUACUAUGCAGAGGAAUUGCACCAUGGCCGAGUUACGAAGAAAUACAAUCCGAACAGAGAGCUGUUAAGACGUCCUUGUUUGUGGAGUUGGAAUCUAGCCACCAUCUGGAAAAUUUGAUUUUAGGAAAACGUAUGUUUAUUAAGGAUCUAAGGACACUGGGUGAUGCACGAAUGGAGCAGCGCAGAUGGUAUGAACGUAGUUUUGAAAAGGAAUGGCCAUUGACAUAUAAAGAGUAUGCAGCAUUGCCACUUGACAUUAGGGAAGCGUACUAUGCUAAUAGAUAUUGUGUGAGCACUGAGGAUGAACGUUUUCAUAUGAUAUUGAACUAUAAAAAAUCUUUGGUAAACACCGUACACCAGCAGCACCCUUUAGAAUUCUUGCACUUAGAGGAUAGUUAUACUUACACUCCUAGGAAAAGCCCAAUACAUAUGGAUCUAUCAAACUGGGAUGAUCCUCUGUACGCACCUUGGCGUAUGCGGACUGAAGAAUGUAUCAGGGACUGUAUUACUUACGAUUGGCCCCCAGAGCUGGUAAGGUUCCAUACAUCUUUUGACGUAUAUGAUAUCACAUGGUUGCCUGGCGCCAUUAAAAUAGUCGUUGAAAAUGUAAGAAAUGAAGGUCAUUUAAUCAGUGACAAGGAGCUUAAACUUAUGUUGCUAAAAAUAGAGCACCGACUUGAAGAACUUGAUGAGCAAGAGGAUAUACAGUCCAUAACUAACCAUGCCAUUAUGUUAGUGGCGCGGGAUGUAAGGGCAUUCCAAACACUUUCCUGUCGCAGGGAUUGGAAUUGUAACGUUGGAAAAAGAGUUAUGCUCACAUUAAGUGAUGAUAGUGCUUCAAAUAUUAGUGGCAUCAUGAAGGGGUCACAUAGCUCCACAGGUUUGACUAUUGAAGUAGAUGGUCAAGAACAAACCAUUGCACUCAACUUCAUACAAAACAUUAGACUAAUCUAAGUUAACAUUAACUG